GGAUGAGUGGACAUGACUUGGUGCCCUGGCUUCCCCUGAGGUCCCCGAGGGAAAAGGAGACUUCUGCUCUGUGAGUCACCUGGCCCUGGUGACAGCAGUGGGCUGCAGGAAUGUCACCGCCAGCGUGCCUGCUCCUCCCCACGAGCGGUGAAGGGUCCCAGGGGUGGUAGUGCAGAUGCAGGGACUUCCCGUGAGGGAGGAUAGAUGAGGUGAGGUGAAUCCCACUGGAGAUGACCUCCUUCUGAAGGACUCUGAGAAACGAGGAGAGAAGGUUGCUGCCCUUCCCUUCCCAACUGCAGGCAGGAGAGGACAUUUCUCCUUCCACCCCUCUGCAAAGUCUUCUGUUGGCUCCUAGGUGCACAGAAGAUAUAUAAAUUCUCAGAGGGGCUGAUCCUUAAGAGUGCCCAGUGUAGCACCCUGUGCCCCACUGUUGGGAGCCAUGAUGUGACACAGCUGCAGAAGUGACCCUUGAGGACUGAAAUGAAGAACACAUCACUUUGUGACAUUUUCAGGGGCAGAGAGGUAUGAGGCCUUGAGAGCUGGGAAAGGAGAGGGAAAGGCAGAAAGUUUAGAUGGAAGAGAGAAGUAAGGGUAAAGGGAAAGAGUGAGUACAGAGGGGUGGGUAGGGAAGGUUGCAUUUGGGGACAAAGCAAGGUCCAGACAGAGAUACAAAAGUAAUUGAUGAAUCAGGAAAAGAAGGAGGGAGGUCAGGGUGGAUCAGCAUGGAUCCUGCUCCCAAGUAGCCCUGUGUUGUAAUCCUAACUCAUCUGCUGAUGGAUCACGAGGAGGAGGAAUGAAUAGACUCGAUCUUUGCUCAGUGUAUUUGAAGAAGAUGCAGGAACCCUUACUGAAUAUACAAACCAGCUGCUUCAGGCAAUGCAACGAGUCUAUGGUGCUCAGAAUGAAAUGUGUCUUGCCACACAGCAGCUUUCGAAGCAGCUCCUUGCCUAUGAAAAGCAGCAUUUUGCCUUAGGUAAAGGAGAUGAAGAAGUGAUAUCCACCCUUCAUUACUUUUCAAAAGUUGUGGAUGAGCUCAAUAUUCUUCAUUCUGAACUGGCAAAACAGCUUGCAGAUACAAUGGUUCUCCCAAUAAUACAAUUUCGGGAAAAGGAUCUCACUGAAGUAAGCACCUUGAAGGAUCUUUUUGGCCUUGCUAGCAAUGAACAUGACGUGUCCAUGGCAAAGUAUAGCAGGUUACCGAAAAGGAAGGAAAAUGAAAAGCUUAAGGCAGAAGUGGCAAAAGAAGUGGCAAAUGCAAGAAGAAAGCAGCACCUUUCAUCUCUGCAAUAUUACUGUGCCCUGAAUGCUCUGCAGUACAGGAAGAGAGUGGCAAUGAUGGAACCUAUGCUGGGAUAUACACGAGGACAGAUCAACUUCUUUAAGAAGGGAGCAGAGAUGUUUUCAAAAAGAAUGGACAGAUUUUUGUCAUCUGUUUCAGACAUGGUUCAAAGCAUACAGGGAGAGCUGGAUGCUGAAACUGAAAAAAUGAGGGUAUCCCAGCAGGACUUAAUUGCAGUUAAUGAAUCUGUUUACACCCCGGAUUCUGAUGUAACUUCACCUGCUAUCAAUAGAAAUCUCAUCCAGAAGGCUGGCUACCUUAAUCUUAGAAAUAAAACAGGUCUGGUGACUACAACUUGGGAAAGACUGUAUUUCUUCACUCAAGGUGGCAACUUGAUGUGUCAGCCAAGGGGAGCAGUAGCUGGAGGAUUGAUUCAGGACCUGGACAACUGUUCUGUUAUGGCUGUAGACUGCGAAGACAGAAGAUACUGCUUUCAGAUCACGACUCCUACUGGCAAAGCGGGUAUAACCCUUCAAGCAGAAAGCAAGAAAGAGUAUGAGGAGUGGAUAUCUGCCAUCAACAACAUCUCCAGACAGAUCUAUCUCACUGACAAUCCAGAGGCAGCUGCAAUCAAGUUAAAUCAGACAGCCCUACAAGCAGUGACUCCCAUUACCAGUUUUGGGAAAAAACAUGAAGUUCACCACCCCAGCCAGAAUGUAAAGAAUAUGGAAAAUGAUAAAAUAAUUCCCAGUGAAUCAGCUGGCAUUCAAGACUCUUCACAACUCAUUGCUCCUGGGACACCGAUUCAAUUUGAUAUUGUACUGCCUGCCACAGAAUUCCUGGACCAGAACAGAGGUGGCAGGCGUGCAAACCCAUUUGGGGAAUCUGAAGACAGCAGCAAAGAUGAGGUGGAAGAUUCCCUCUUGCAGCAGAUGUUCGUCGUUCGGUUUUUAGGAUCUAUGGCUGUUCAGUCAGAUGACACCAGCGAGGUGAUUUAUGAAGCUAUGAGACAAGUGUUAGCUGCUCGUGCCAUUCACAACAUAUUCCGUAUGACUGAAUCCCAUCUCAUGGUCACCAGCAAGAACUUGAGGUUAAUAGAUCCUCAAACACAAGUUACACGAACAAGUUUUGAACUUGCCACUGUGACACAGUAUGCUGCUCAUCAGGAUAACAGGCGGCUGAUUGGCUUUGUGGUCCAUCUCAGUGAGACUCUGGGAGAAGAAUCCAUGAGCGCGUAUGUUUUUGAGAGCAACACGGAAGGGGAGAAGAUUUGCUAUGCCAUUAGCUUGGGAAAAGAAAUCAUUGAGGCACAGAAGGACCCAGAAGCAUUAGCUCAGCUUAUGAAGUCUAUGCCAUUAACAAAUGAUGGAAAGUUUAUGCUUCUGAAUGAUCAGUCAGAAGAGGAUGGAACCAUACAUGAAGAAGGGGAGGAGUCAGAAGCAUAAAAGACUUGUCAUUUCCUGCAGCCAGUGUGGAAGCCAGAAAAGGAGGAAAUCUUUUUGCAAGACUGGUUUUCAGUCAUCUGCGCACACAUGAGGCCAGGUUCUGACUUCCUGCUGGAGGGAUUGUGGCACCUCUGCAGUGGAGUUUCCUCUGGAUUUACAAUGAAACAACAGCUGGACUUGGCCCUUGAGGCUUUUUGCAUUUGUGAAUGUGUGGUGUACAGGCCUGUCGGGACGCUGACAAUCCUGGGGAGUGUCUCAGCCUUGGCCCCUUGCGGCUGACAGCUGGGACAGCACAGCUGUCAUCCACAAGGGCUUAAUGUCAGUUCUUCAGAUUUACAGGGGAGCAGCUGCCAGUUCACUGAAAGUAGUGCAAGCUGUCUGCUCCUUUAACAAAGAUCCGGCCUCAAAUUUCCUACAGUAGUCAAUUUUCAUAGUUUGCAUGGUUAUGUGCAUCUGAAUGAAGGUUAAAAAUGCACUAUUUACUUUAUUUUCAGAUGAAGUUAUUUUUAGUCUAGUUUAAGUGUAACAAGAUUUAUCUUUUGUGCUAGCCUAUUUACAAAGCAAUUUGUUAAACACUAAAUUUUUCCUAUUAAUAUAAUCUAUUUUUAUAUUGCAUCUAGAAUAAGCUUACAAAACAAAUCUAAGUGCCUACUCUUUCCUUCUUGGGGACUGCACUCUCACAUUCUGUAAUUAAAUAAUGGACAUAAUGUACCUCCUUGAUUCAUUAUGCUAAAUACCACUGAUAUGCAAACAUCAGAAGAGUCAACAAAUGUGACAUGUUAGUUGCGUGCAUUUUUCUGUGGGUAGGUUUCUUAAAAGUUAAGUUGCCAGACAUGAUAGUUGUAGGACAAAUAAGUACUUUUAUAAUAAGAAUUCUUUGUAUUUUUAACAUUAGUCACAUGCAACAGCUGAGUCUACCACCAGUCUUUGGUUUUAAGAAACUGAGCAAUAAAAUGCUAGAUUGUAAUUCUACAAUGUACUGAUUAGUCUUGUAAUACCUUCUUGAAAUAGGACACUAGAUAUAUUUGGCUAAUAAGUUUAGAUUCUUUCUCCUCCAGUUUAACCUGAAAACCUGAGAAACUGUAUUUGGCAAGAAAAAACAAAAACAGUAGUUAUUGGGGGGUAGGGGGGUGUAAUCUGUGGCAUAGUUUGUAUUAAUCAAGAUAAAGGUAACUGGAACAAACGGCUGAAAUUCCUUGAACUUAAUUCAACUUUUCCUCAAUCACUUACUAGGAAACUAACUACAUUUUCUGUAAGCAGAAUCUGUGAUACAGCAUCUGAAAGACCAGUUUUCAAGUCUGACAUUGAAUUUACUCAAUUUAGCUGGUUGUUGAAUGUUU